UUUGUAGGUCCAUGUCCAGGAGUCUCUAAGAGAAUCAGUUAUGCCUCGAGCUUGAACAUGCCUGCAGAACUUGAGAGAUUGAGUUAUGACGAAAUAAAAGAAAAGUGCCGUCUUUGCUGUCUCGUAUGGCGUCCUGGUCCGUAGGAAAUCCCUGACAAUCACCGGGUCUUGCAGAACAAGCUUGAUGGAAGACAUUUUUGUGUUGAAAUCGACGUUUCCGUGGUGAUAGCAGUGUAUAGGUAGGAGAGCUGUAGAAGAGUGUGAGUUUCGCCAGCCUGCACAGUUAUAUUAAUACGACCCUCAGCCGGCAAAACCAUAUUAAUUUGGCAAGUGCUUCCGAACCACCAAGUUUAUAACAUGAACAACAUGCGGAUGCUUGCGGAAGAGGAGGAGAACGAUGACGGGACUGAGGUUACAUGGGAGGAUCAGCAGCGUAUCAACACGUUCUCCAAAUUGAACACUCGUCUGAGGAGCAUAGAGGAACGACUCGAGGAACUGAAGCAAGAGAAAGAAGCAUUAGAUGACCUCUCUACAGAGCUCGAGCUUACUGACGAGGAUGAAAGUGUGCUAUACAAGAUCGGCGAAUCUUUUCUUCACCUGCCCCAACCCCGCGCGAUAAAACGACUUGAAAAGGAUCAGGCAGCUUUAUCAGCUCAAAUCUUGGACCUAUCAGCAGGCGCGGAACAAUGCGAAAAGGAGAUGAAGGAGCUGAAAGUUACACUGUAUGCCAGGUUUGGCCGCGCAAUCAACCUCGAUGAAUGAUCGGUAUCAGCGUAAAGUAUCACUCAGACAUCGGGAUGAUAUCAUCACCC